CCUCAUCACAAAAUAAAGAAAUAAAUAAAUAAAAUUGUAAUUUUAUAUAUAUUUUUUCUUUUGAGAGGAUUUUCCCCAUUUCUAUAUUAAGGAACUGCGAAAUGCCUAUCAAUUAUUGACGUUUUUCUACUGAUCGGCAUCCAUUAAAUUUUUGACUUGAACCCCAACUUCUUUUCUUUGGAUUUUGGAAUCGUACUUUGUUUUUAUGAAUUUCUCGUUCGUUUUGAUGAACAUUUGAGCAGCGAUUUUGGUUCCAAUCGAUUAAUGGCUCUUCUCGGCUCCGCAAUUACCAACGAGGUUGGAUUGCAGCUACUCCUGUAUCCUCUUGGUUCCAAUGUUGUUGUUCGUACGGCAUGCUGCUCCGUAGGGAUCGUCUUACCUGUGUAUUCCACCUUCAAGGCAAUUGAGAAGAAAGAUCAAAAUGAGCAACAGAAGUGGCUUCUGUAUUGGGCAGCCUAUGGAUCUUUUAGCCUUGUUGAAGCAUUCUCGGACAAACUUCUUUCAUGGUUUCCAGUGUACUAUCAUCUGAAGUUUGCGUUUCUUGUUUGGCUCCAGCUACCGGCAACUGAUGGGGCGAAAAAACUAUACACGAGCCACCUGCGUCCUUUCCUCCUGAAGCAUCAAGCAAGAGUGGAUAGGAUUUUAGGGUCCGUUUCUGAUGAAAUGGUUAAAACCAUUAGCAGACAUCAAGCAGAGAUUCAGUAUUUUAGAACAAUUGUUAUGAAAAUAUUGGGAUCAGACGAACGAUCAUCAAGGCUUGGAUCAGCCAGACCAAAUGGAGCUGGAAGAAGCCUACAAAUUGAGGAUCAAAACUCAGAUACAGAGUCCGACAUAGAUGAUUGACUUGCUAUUGCCCACAAUUUCUAUUCGCUUAUGUAAUUAAUAACAAUAUCAACCCUAUUUCCUUGGAUAGGUAGCUGCUUGUAAAAAUUGUCCAUCAAACAGUUUCUCGUCCUUUCAAAUCGAAACAGAAAACUAAUGGAAACAUAUGAACUUUUUAUCUCUCGGUAGAUAAAUAAGUUCGGCAAUUGAAAUGAAAAGCUUACAAGUAUUUGUAAUCAA